UUGUACGGCGCUCUAAUUUGAUAACAUGAAUGAUAUCGUAAAUAAAGCUCUUCUUCUGAUGAUUCCUGCUGGUAAGUUUUUAGAGUAAGCAAAUUUUAAUAGCAGGUGCGAUAGGAACAAAAAACAAAGUAUCAACAUGUUAGCCUUAAAUUGCAGGAAGCAUUAUAAAUGAGUUGUACUCUAGAGGCUAUUGAUUGAAACCAUUCACGCAUCAUCAGGUCGUCUCCUCAAACGAUUAACAGAGUUUCAAGCGGUUAUCUAUUGAUGCAAGUAACCCCUUCGUUUCAUAAACCUUCAUAUAAACUAAAUGCGCUAUAGAUACUUAGUCUUAGAGAUCGGCCAUUUAAUUUGCUUCUUACUGAUCACGUGACACACGCAAGACACCGUAAGAUACAUUCAAAUUCAUGCUUUUAUACGUCGAUAUAAAAUUUCUAUCAACAUUUUUUAUUCGUCUGAGAGGGAAGUGUUGUUUUAAUUCAUUGUUCUUGUAUCUGGAGUUUAUUUGAGUGUUUAGAGGACAGAGAAAGAUACAGGAGUAAGAAAGAAGUAUUUUUUUUUAAUUUAAAAUGGAUUCGUAUGGAAGUUUUGAGAACAAUUCUUCAACAUGGGCCACAACGAGCGAGGAUUCAAAUGAAGAGUACGAGCAAGUACAAGAAUUGGAGAAGGCUAACAGUAACUGUAGAGACAUCAUAGAGAACUAUAAUAUUUCAUCCAACAGUCUAUACUGUGAGCCUAUUUGGGAUCAAAUUAUGUGCUGGGAAGCAACUCUAGCGGGAACUGUAGCCAGGAAGCAUUGUCCCUCCUACAUAGAAGGCCUGAAUACAGACGGUUUUGCCAAAAGACAGUGUCUAGAGAAUGGCACGUGGUACAUCCCACCAAAACGUAAUGUCAGCUGGACAGACUUCAGCGACUGUGUGAAGGAAAACAAAGAUGAUUAUCCUAAUGAUCUACUGGACCAUCUAGCACGAAUCAGACUGAUGUAUAACAUCGGGUAUGGAGUGUCCCUCUGUUCACUGGUGGUCGCUGUGUUUAUUAUGUUAUGCUGCAGGAAACUUUCAUCCAAGAGUAACACUCUACACAUCAAUCUCUUCAUUGCCUUUAUUUUAAGGGCAUUCCUGUCCUUUCUAAAGGAAACUCUGUUUGUUGACGGAUUGGGUUUUAAAAAAGAUCUAGAAGAAGUUAGUGGCGUCCUAAGGUUCAGGGAGGGCGAAACACACUGGGAAUGUAAGCUCCUUUUCACGCUGUUUGUGUACACCAUUUCCGCCUGCGCCAUGUGGAUUUUUAUGGAAGCUUUAUAUUUGUACAUGAUGGUUUAUAAAACCAUGUUCACGGAAAAGCAUGGCGUACAACUGUACGUCGUAUUUGGAUGGUUGGGUCCCCUUACAUUUGUUAUACCUUGGAUUAUCGUCAGAGCUAAACUCGAGGAUUUUUUCUGCUGGAACACAAAUCCAUCCCCGGAGUACCUCUGGAUUUUACGUGGACCCCUUUUUACAAUCUACAUAAUAAACUUCAUAUUUUUUCUUGACAUUGUAAAAGUCUUAUUCAUCAGAGUACAGAAAAAUCAACGCGUUACCGGGGCGAGGAAGGUGCGGAAGAUGGCCAAGUUUAUUGUGGUUUUGAUUCCGUUGUUUGGGGUCUGUUACAUAGUCUUUUCUUUCCUUUCUGGGAAUGAUAUCGAUGUUGAACGAGAUAUCCCGUACCUGUAUGUAGAAAUGUUCUAUAACUCCUUCCAGGGCUUUAUACUGGCUGUUUUAUUCUGUUUUCUUAACGAAGAAGUGUUGCUUGAAAUCCGCAAGGCUUGGUAUAAAUACUCUCUCUGUCACAGAGAGCGGUAUGUGUAUUCUAGGUCGGCCAUUAUGUCCACGUGGAGGAAGGGUUCCCGCCAUUCUUAUACCAUGACCAGUUUUGUUGAAAAGGAGAAACCUUUAGAUUUGUCAAGCAAUAGACUUCUCCAGGGAGGGAAAAAUAACAAUGAAUGUAUGUCCCAAUCAUCCUCAGACUUUAAGCCGAGUGACUCUAAUUGUGAUAGAUGGCCAUCAAUGAACCCCGAGGGUCUUCGAAGGGAAACAUGUGAGGAAGCUAAUUGCCUGUUUUUAUCUGUUCCAAUUGAAAAACACAGAGACGAAAGGUCAAAAUGUGAAAAACAUCUUAAAUUUGAUCUCAACUGAGAAACGCUUGUUAUAUCAAUUUCUGCUGAGUCCCAUACCUAGACAUCCACAAUAGAUAGAUCAAUUUUUUCGUUAUGCGUCACAGAAGACCAAUGUUAAAAUAUGUAUUCUUCACUACUUAUACCCCUGCUCCGAAGGAAUUAGGAUAAUCCUAUUUCUUACUCUUGUGUGUCUGUCUGUACGUAACAAAUUAUAUGUCACAGUUUCCUCAGCAACUAUUCUUAAGUUUGUUGAUGCUUUUAAUUUUAGCAUACUGUUUCUUUUGACAUGCGUGGACGUAAUUAUAGUCGUGGUUGCAACAAUUUCAUCUGGUGAAUUCAUUUGGUAUAAAUCUUCUGUCAAAUCCCUGUUCAUCAUUGCCUAUGUUAAUACCACUUUUUUAUCGCAUUUCGUUAUCAAUCAUUCAAGGCAGAUACUUUAGCACGCUCUUCGUUAAAGAUUGCUAUAUGAUGGGAUUCAUUUUUUACGAUAUCGAUAUCAACUUGUACCUGCGUCUGUAAGCAUUAAAUUCACAUUAGAGCGGGGGUAUUACUAGUGAGCAUUGUCUCACAGACUUUAAUAUGAACUAAGUUCAAACUUGUUAAUAAAUUUUAAAAAACACAUCUUAUAAA